AUGGUCGGACAACAUAUGCAAGCUCUGGUGACCGUGGCUUCGGCCGGUGGAUCGCCGGCAAUGGUGAAGAAGUCGAUUCCAGUCCCGGAACCUGCCCCGCACCAGGCCCUGGUUAAAGUCUCUCACAUUGCUCAGAACCCUACAGACGUUCAAUCUCUCGACAGCAGUGCUUUUGGCGACGGCGCCGUCCUUGGGUGCGACUUUGUUGGGACGGUCGAAGCGGUUGGCGACAAGUGCAGCAAGCUCUCAAAAGGAGAUUUAGUCGCCGGACUCAUUUGGGGAGGCGAAAUCAAGGGUCUUGGCGGCUACAGCGAGUACACCCUCGCCGACGACAACAUCAGCUUCCGUGUUCCCAAGAACAUCAGCUCAGAAGAGGCCGUCACGAUCCCUCUAGCCUCAGUGACGGCUUGGCUCGCUCUGUUCUCAAAAGAAUGCCUCGCGAUUCCUCGGGAGAGCGGGGAAGAGACUUCAGUCCUCGUUUGGGGUGGUAGUUCAAGUGUCGGCUUGUACGCUAUCCAAAUCGCAACGAUGCAAGGCUUCAACGUGGUCACAACAUGUAGUCCUCGCCACUUUGAGUUGGUGAAAUCUCUCGGUGCGAAGCACGUCUUCAACUAUCGCGACGAUGACGUAAUCAAGUCCAUCACAAGGGCAGCGCCCGGCCUGAAAUAUGUAUUUGACACCAUCGGCAACAAAUCUUCUUCGGGCCAGGCAUCCCAAGCCAUUGACGAAAGCGGCGGACGACUCUGCACUGUGCGCCCGGGAAAGGCCAACACCGAGGACGUGACGAAGCAGACGACUGUGACUGAUGUCUUGGUCUGGACCGCAUUCUUAAAGGACCAUCAGUACGCCGAGUUCAAAUGGCCGGCCAGUGAAGAGGACCACAAACUUGGCACCGAGUUCUAUGAGAAGCUGCCGGGUUGGAUAGAAGGCGGACAAUUCAAGCCCAACAAGCCCAAGGUCAUUUCUGGAGGCCUUGAUGGCGUUGAUGAGGGGUUCCAAGUGUAUCGAGAUGGAGCCAUCUCUGGCGAGAAGCUGGUGUACAAACUUUAG